AUGUUGAACAACUUCACGAAUUUCGUUCAAAAGGCUCAGCAGCUGAUCGAUUCCACCCAAGGGUUGAAUCUUUCCGACCCGGACCGAAAUCCGUCCAAGGCCGUCCUCUUCCAGAGCCAGUUCCGUCUCCCUUCGUCCCAAACGCCGCUCCACGAAAUCAAUGCCGAGUUGACUAUACCUGCCUCCAAUGUCACCCACGGGGACAAGGCCCAAGAUGCUGGCUGGCACUACGCUGGAAAGCUUCACCUCUCCGAAUCGUUCAUGUGCUUCUCCACCACCCCGAGCAGCUUCGUUCACAGCGCCAGCACGACAACGUCAUCGCUUUUCACCGCCCAGACAUACGGCGGCGGCCCUAGUGGCAACGGAUUCACAUUUCCUCUAUGUGCGAUACGCCGGGUAGAGAGGCUUAAUAGUCAGAACUUCCAGUUCGCCCUCGCGAUAACUACCUGGAACGGCUUCAUGCACGACCCACCGAAGGCAAAAGACGGGACCAAGGACACUUCGAAUGUAAGGGAACAACGGAUAACCAUACAUCUGGCCAGUACUCGCCAGGCUUGCGAGAGGUUCUGCGAUGGCCUCAAAAGGGGCCUGCGUGCCAACGUCGUCAAUGUCGCGAAGAUGAAGCGGGUGUCCACCCAGUGCUACUCCGAAUAUUUACUACGUACCGAGGAUAGGAAGAAUGCCGACCCUCCCGACGCAGGCCUUGGUAUGAUAUUUCGCUACCCAGGCGAUCCGAAAAAGAUGCGGGAUCGAGCCAAAAUGCGUCUUUGGGGCGAGUAUCUAAGGGACAACGGAAGGAACCUUACUCUGAUCCGACAACCCACCUUUCACAAGCUCAUCCGUGUCGGUCUGCCGAACCGCCUUCGAGGAGAAACCUGGGAGUUGACGUCUGGAUCCAUCUAUCUAAGACUGGAGAACCCCACCCUUUAUACCGAUACUCUAACGAAAUUUUCUGGAAAGGAAUCGCUCGCGAUUGACGAGAUCGAAAAGGACUUGAACCGUAGCUUGCCGGAAUACCCUGGCUUUCAGAGUGAAGAGGGUAUUGGCCGGCUACGGAGAGUCCUGACCGCCUACAGCUGGGUCAACUCUGACGUUGGGUAUUGCCAGGCCAUGAAUAUUGUUGUGGCCGCGCUACUUAUUUACAUGUCUGAGGCCCAGGCCUUCUUCCUGCUCUCCGCCCUGUGCGAUCGGCUCGUCCCGGGUUACUACUCGACUACCAUGUACGGCACCCUUCUCGACCAGAAGGUAUUCGAGUCUCUUGUCGAGAAGACCAUGCCCAUUCUCUGGGAACAUCUUGUAAAGAGCGACGUCCAGCUAUCCGUGGUCUCCCUACCCUGGUUCUUGUCGCUCUACAUCAACUCCAUGCCUCUUUACUUUGCCACUCGUGUCUUGGACGUGUUCUUUAUUGAAGGACCCAAAGUCCUCUUCCAAGUUGGCCUUGCGAUAUUGAGGAUAAAUGGCGAGGAGCUCUUGGAUGCGACGGAUGAUGGCGCUUUUAUCUCUGUUCUCAAGUCCUACUUCUCUCGUCUCCAUGAGUCGGCUCACCCCAAGUCGGAGAAUCCCAAACUCAGGGCCGUUACUCGGUUCCAGGAGCUCCUGGUUGUCGCCUUUAAGGAGUUUUCCGGCAUCACGCACAGCACCAUUACCGACCUUCGGUUAAAGAACAAGGAUGCCGUUCUCAAUAAUAUUGAGAAUUUCGCCAAGCGCACAGCCAUUCGCAACCUCGGUCCUGACAGCAAGCUGCUUAGCACGGAAGAACUCGGUGCGCUAUAUGAUAGGUUCUACGGUGUACUCUACGAACGCCAGCAGCGGAUAAGGAUUGUCCAAGAGGAACAGCGUCGCAAAGCUAAAUCGAAUCGCGGGCGAGUCACAGAUCUGUUUCCCGGUGCGCACACGCAAGAUCACAGUAUAGAAAAGGGUAGAGUCGGCCUCGGCCCUAGCACAAGUCUCAUGGACUACGACGCCUUCCGCGAGUUCCUCGCCGGCAUCUCGAAAUGGGCCAUCGCAGAUACCCCUCCAACCCCGAGAAGGGACACUUUCGCUGACCGAGAUAAGAACUCGUACUACCAGCGUUCAAGGAGACCUUCUGAAGCCCUUUUAGGCCCAUGGGGUAGCGGCCCAGAGCCGGCCGACCACGAAUUCCUGCAAUUGCUGUUCCGGAAAUGGGACGUGGACAACAACUCGGCACUGACGCUCCAGAAUGUGGUAACCGGGCUCGCAAAGAUAAAGUCCAAGCGCGAUAUCAUGGCCACGAUCAACUACUUCUUUGAUCUCUACGAUGACGAUGGCGACGGCAAGGUGGAUAGGGAGGGGAUCUUGCGAAUGUCCGAGGCACUGCUCUUCCUCUCUCGGCGAGGGCUCGAGGGCUCGCUGAGCGUUUCUGCUGUUAGCCCGAACGGGGAGGCAGGCGGCAACCCGAGCACGUCGCAGCUCAGUCUCCCCGGGAUCUCGAACAAUGAAAAAUUUCUAGGUAGCGUCAGCGCCUUCAUACGGCGCUGCUUCGAGUAUGCCGAUCCGGAUCAUCCGAAGAACCUAGAAGCAACCGACGAGGUUCCAGAAACUCCUGAGAUUGACAAUACCUUCUCUAUCGGCGAUGACGACGAUGAGGAUGAUGAUGAUGACCUCCUCGUUUCGUCUCGACCAGCUUCCCCGACAGGCGCCCCGCAACCUGCAAAGAAGCCGCCUGCGCUAUCAAUCACAACCGACGCGGAACCGCAUAUUGAACGAAGGGCUUCCAAAGCACAUUCCGAGGCUGCAAAUGCGGCACUUGAUCCGGCCAAUCCCUUACAUAUUACUCUCCCCACAUUCCGCAUGGUCGUCCUCGCGGAUGAGCUACUCGAGCAGUUCUUCGAGUCAUCUUUCCCGACCUCCUUCCACAUCAUCGAGGGUCUCCCGAGCCAGGCUUCCUCCUCUGGAGGAUUGACCACAUUUGCCAGCCUGGGCUUCGGAGCCCGCGCUCCUGGUACCAGUGCACCCGCCCUUGGCGGAGCCGGCCGCGGACUACGUGGUGUACUGGACAAUAUCGUGACGGACGGCAUGAGGGUUGCUACGGAAGUCAGGAGAAGGAUGGAGGAGGCACAACGCGAGCUGGAGAAGAACGCCCAACCUGGUCAACGGCCAUACGCCGAUGACGACGAGGAGGAUGAGGAGGAUGGGGGUGCUGGUGCUGGUGCUGGUGCUGGUGCCGGUGCUAACGCUCGUCGUGGAACGGUCGGUUCGACGCUAGACUUUGAGAGGAGGUCCGUGAGGAGUUCGGAUCGGGAUUUGCUCUCGGGAGCGGACGCCGAGGCGGCUAGCGAAGGCGAGGGAUCUAAGGCUGCAGGCGUGCUGUCCUUAUUAGAUACGGAUCCGGGACUUAGCGGGUCGGGUUCUGCGGGGAAGGGCUUGGUGGAGUUUGACGGGAGGAAUUGA